AUGGCGGACCAGAAAGAAAGAAAAGCGACAGCGUUUAAUAGGGUUUUAAAAACCUUCAAGAUUGAAUCUUUGAAAGAAUCUCAGGUAGAAGCUUUGGAAAAGUUGCUAAGGGGGCAAGAUGUAUUCGUUAUACAGCCUACAGGAUCGGGAAAAUCACUUAUAUAUCAGUCCGCUCCCGUCGUCUUUGACACAAUAUAUAUAUCCAUUGUCAAGUGGGAGGUCAAUAGCACUUAUAAUAUCUCCUCUGACAUCGCUUAUGCAAGAUCAAGUACGCUACCUGAAGUCUGUCGGGAUUAGUGCUGAGUUUAUUGGGGAUGAUCAAAUGAGCGAAAAUGCAAAUGAAGUUGUUGAACGUGGUGAAUGUCAAAUUGUGUAUGGCUCACCUGAGGCAUUUUUAUCAACUAAAACAUGGCGUGCUAUGAUAAGCAAUAAUGUUUAUAAAGAAAGAUUGCGUCUGGUAGCGGUUGACGAAGCUCAUUGUAUAUCUCACUGGUAA